UCUAUUCAACAAAGUUGUGUUUUAAGUAAUUAAAUUUUUUUACGGAAAUAUCAAACAAAUUCAUGUACUACAAGUACGUUUUUGGAGUGAAGUGUAUAUUUGAUAUUAAUUUAUGGAUACCAAGGCCAAUAAAACGUGUGUAAACAACCUCAUUUUAUCAUCAAUGAGUAACCAUAAUACGAAUAUCAAAAUGGAAUUAAUGAAUACACGUUAAUUGUGCAAAGUACAUAUUUUGAGCGCCUAUACACGCGGGUUAAUGGUUUUACGAGGGCAAGUUUGUUUUCCAACGUCAGAUGAAGGGAUGGCUUCAGACCAACCUGUCAAGAAAAAACAGAGAAUUGAUGGCCCUGAUAUCGAUGAUGGAAGCGACAGAUCUGCGGAGGAUAUUCUCACGGACAUAUAUGAUUCGGAGACUCCGCCUGUUGAUACCUCAGGAGAUUACACCUUGAGAAACGGCGAGUCACCUGACAGUGGUACUGUAAGUGAAGAUGCAGUCGAUUGUUCUGCCAUUUUGAGGCUUCCAAGUGACAACAUUGGCACUAAUCCCUCCAGUUCAAAUAAUGUAGCAUUAUGGACAGCUGCAGAUGAUAAACUACUUACUGAGCUGCGUAUAUUACAAAAUGCUUUAGUUGGACAAUGUUUGUGUGGUUUUAAUGAAACAACCCUGUCUCAACUAUUUGACAGAAGAUUACAUAUAGCAGCUUGGCCGCUGACUUGUUCUUUAACUUACCUUUCAACUAUGCAGCUCAUGUUUGACAUUUAUUUAAAGCAAAACAACACAGGUACAAUAUGUUCGAGAUUGAUGUAUGCAUGUGACAUAUUUGUAAGGAAUAGGCACGAUUGGAUCACAGAGGUUGUGGAAUUAUCGGAAAACAAAAGUAAGUUUAUUACAUUUGUAGCGUGUAGAGUAUUGGCUAGCUUUUUAAUAGUUUCAAAAGAUACUGUUGAUGAGAAUUGGUUGCAACAGAUCACAGAGAACAUAUACCUCUUUGAUAGAAUAAAUAGGAUAACAGUACAAAAAAUUAACUUCAGCUUAGAUAUCAUUAAGAGGAUAGUCGAGUGGAAAGAUGUUGAGCAACACCCAUUAGAAGAAAAUAGUUAUGUAAAUACAGCAGGAAAUAUGCAGGUUCAAGAAGAUAAUCCUUUUAGAAGUGGUCCCAGUUGCGGUAGUAGUAAUAACAGUGCACAAAUACCUUCUAGUUCUAAUUCUCGUAGUGAUAAUUUACAUAGUGCUUUUUCCAACUUACAAACACAUAGUGCACCAUCAACUUCAUCGGGUGAAAAGUCGGAUAACAGUAAGCCACCUCAAUUUAAACUUAGUGAGCCCGUUCUGAAGUUUACCUCUGAGCAAACAAUUAGCGGGAUGGAACAAUCCGAGUCCCCAGAACCACCUCAGUCUAGGAUAGAACGAGUAAAUGAACAUGGAUGCAUAACUGUAAUACUAACUGACUCUGAAUCCUUUGACACAUCUCAUAUAAAAUGUUUAACAAUAAAAACAUUAGAGCAUCACUGGCCUAUUUUAGUUAAAAACAUGAAGCUGCUUCUACUAAGGUACCUGAAUUUAUCUAAUGCUGAAAAUUGUAUAUUAACUUUUUUUUCUCUGUGGGAAAACAUUAUUAGUGUUAAAGCGAAUCUCUCAGUUAUAGAUACUAAACCAUUUUAUGCAGAUUUGCAGGGCUUUGUUGAUUUACUGCGCAAUACAAUGUUGCCGAGCUUAAUUUAUACCCAUAUACUUAGUUUAUUUAAUGAGGUACUUUGUUAUGGAUCGACAUUAGCCCUUCAAGAUAUAUUGCCAGAAGAAAUAUGUUGCCUCGCCCAUUCUAUUGUAAGAUAUGUUAAAGAUUUCCGACUUCUCAGUGAAGUUAGAGUCCAAAGUAGUAGAAGCGGCUUUGGUUUUCUAGGUCACGAUUGUACAGUGAUAACAGAUUAUUCUUUAGGGUCAGAGGUUGCUCCUUUAUCAUCUUCUAUACAGUUAGUUGAUCAGAGUUAUGGAGAGGAUGAUAAUGAAGAAAAUGCACAAACACGUAAUGAAGUAGAUAAAACAAUGUUACAACGAAUGUCUUUAUUAGUUCUUAAGUCUGUAGCAGUUACUGUUAAAGAAAUGCGUUGCGAUUCGUCAGAUAGUUCAAUAGAUUCCUCUGAUUACAAUGCUAUUCAAGACAUGCAAAUUGUGGAAAGAUCCAUCCGUGAUGUUUUGAAAAAGUUGGAUGUAUUUAUUAGAAAUCGUUUCGAAUUUCAUCCUGAGACACCAUUUACAAAAAUGUUGAUACAUUUGUUUAGCGAGCAAGAUGAUUAUUUGAUAGAGUCGAUGGUAUGUACGUUAGAUAUAACAGUUGGUAUUGUUUAUAGGAAUUCCAUGUAUCCGGACUUGAUUCCCAUGUUGAAUCCAAUUAUGUCGUUUAUUGAAUUCCUAAAAGUCGUUUCCCACGAUAGUGAUGUUCUGUUGGAUUAUCUUGUGAGUAAUGAAACAUGUUUCCUGCUGUAUUUGCUCAGAUUUUUGAAAUAUGUUAGACGUAAUUGGCCUAAAUUUCUUGAAACAUGUCAACAGGCAGACUCUGGAGGUACAAGAGGUCUAGAUGAUACAAUGAGAGUAUUGAUAAGGUUACGUCUGCAAAUCAGUAGGCUAGUUUCUAAGUCCUUAUUCCCAUACAACAUCAGUCCUGUACUUAGACUUCUGGAGGUCUGUGAGAGCCUUUAUGAAGGUAAUGAAUUUAGCUGAAUAAAAUUUUACUGUCAAAUAUCAUCAAUGGUACAAAAACUUUCUUUCUUCUAUUUUAAAUUUUUAAUGUAUAUAGAUAAGACAAUAAUAAUUUAACGUAGUAUAUAUGGUAAUUUAAAAUAUGAUAAUUUCAUUUUUAAUGAGAUUUUUUUAAUAUCUUUAUGAUUUCAUUUAAAAAUUUCACAAAGACUGUCGGCAUAGAUAACAUUCCAGAGUUUGUUAAUUGGGUUAGCGAUAGCUUAAUUACUAAUUAGUUAUGGUUUAAUUAAUUUAUAUUAACUAUAUUGUUGUAAUAUUAACUAUUUUUUAAACUCAAUGAAAGUCUUCCCAAAUUAUUUGAAUUUUAUAAGGCAUUUUAUUGAAUAAAAUAUAUAACAUAUUUAAAAACUAUCUGAUUUUAAAGAUUGCUUAUUUUCAGAUAAUGUAUCCUUAUUCAUUAAUUAAGGCGAAUAUGUGUACUUUACGUGACCGUGCGCGAUUUUGAGUUCUAGACAUCUGACUAAAAAUUGUUAUUAAAAUUCUUUGCCAAUAUUUGUAAUCCUUAAAGAAAAACACAAAGUGCCUUAAUGUAAACCAUGGUGCUUUCAUCUCCAUUUACUGCAUUACUGUAAUUAUAAAUCCAAUUUAAUCAUGUACAAUACAUUCGUAUUAAAUUAUGCUAAAUUAAUUUAUGGUAUAUUAGUUUUUUUUUCUAUUUUAUAUAGUAAUUUUUAUUAUGUAGAAUUAAAUUAUUUUUAUACAUUUGUAUAUUAGUAGUGUUAAUGCAUAUGAAAUGCGGGUUUAAUUUUUUUUUCUACUAAAUUAUAUUCUUUGUCACAAUUGUAAAUAUAUAGCCAUCAAUUACCAUUUAAUGUGUAAAUGUAAUCAGUAUUAAAAACAUUAUUAUAAUUUAUACUUAUAUUUUAUCCAAAAUAGAAUUUUUUCGUAAGUGAAACAGAAAUUUCAAUUUAAGAACAUAGCUAAAAUGUACUUGAAAUUGCAGUUGAUUUUUUUUUUUAAUAUAUGUUAACGAAAAAAAAAUAAUAUUCGGUCCAGCUUCUUCAAUUGAGCCAAAUCGAAUUGGAUAAUUCUAAUGGUUUCAUGUAUAGAAAAAGUUCUAUUAAAAUAAUCUAUGCAUUAUUAUGUUAAAAAAAAACACUUGGUUAAUUCGUAAUAUAUAAUUAACAUAAAAACUGCUUUAAAUAGAACAAAUGAGGUUUCGGAAGGUGAAAGGUGAAAUUUAAAAUUUAAAAAAGUAUAUAUUUAAAUUUAUUAUGUUUUGAUUUUCGAAUGUACCAAGUAACAAUGUAAUUUUUGACUAUAAGCUAUAUAAAUUUUAGUCCCUAUUGAUUUAACCUCAGACUGUUAUGUAGAUGUUUAUGUCAAUAUUGUUUUACAAUUAAGUUUCUAUAUUGUUAAUAUUCUUUGAUAAAAGCGGGAAGUGAAUCUCAUAACUAAAUGUCCAUUCAAAAAUAAUAAUAAAAAUAUUUAAGCUUUAUUUGUUAUCGUAACACUUACAAUACUGAACAUUAAUUUUACUUUUUUUUUAAAACAAUUAAAAGUAAUACCUCUUGCCAAUUAUAAUUUUCGAAAAAUUCAAUGUUCCGGUUUUUUUUUUUUCAAAUAUUCCAAUAAAUAAACUAAAUUAAAUAAUUAUUAUUUUAUCGAUGCCAAAAUAAAUACAGCACACCAUAAGUCUUAAACUUGAAAAUAUUCAAGUUUUUUUUAUCUGUUUGUUAACCCAUGAAAUAUUAUACUGUUUAAAAUAAAUCAGGUUCAAUUUCGAGCGGAUGUCAUCACUCCGCCACAAUUCAGCCAUUGUUACUAUAACAUCCACGUCUUCCGUUGAAUAAUUAAAAAAAAAAAACCUGUGCACAUGAUUGUGUGACACAAAGGCAUCUGAAUAGUUAAGAUAAUACAUUGUUAAUGAUAGUAAUGGUAAUUAAAUAUAACAAUAAAACGAAAUAUUUUUGUA